AUGUGCUUCACCUCAGAAGACGAGCUCGAGAAAAUCGUCGGAAAAUUUCGAGCUAGUCCCGAAGCAGAAGGUUUGCCGGCAAUGUCUUGGCAAGGCCACUCUCGCCUCGAAUUUGAAGAUUCGCUGAACGACAUUGAUUUCGAGCAGCGACCACGACCACACCUCCAUACAACAACCGACAAAAUGGUCCGCUACUCCGCCACCCAUCUCGAGCCCGCCAAAUCGGCGCGCGCUCGCGGCUCCUACCUGCGCGUCUCCUUCAAGAACACCCGCGAAACCGCCCAGGCCAUCAACGGCUGGAAGCUCACCCGCGCCCUCGCCUACCUCGACAAUGUCCAGAACCACCGCGAAGCCGUGCCGAUGAGGAGAUAUGCUGGGAGCACUGGCCGUACUGCACAAGGCAAGGCAUUCGGCGUCUCCAAGGCUCGCUGGCCCGUCAAGUCGGCUGAGUUCUUGUCGUCGCUGCUCAAGAACGCUGAGGCGAACGCGGAUACCAAGGGUCUGGACACCAGCAACUUGAUUGUCAAGCACAUUCAGGUCAACCAGGCGCCCAAGCAAAGGAGACGCACAUACCGUGCUCACGGUCGCAUCAACCCCUACAUGUCCAACCCAUGCCACAUCGAGCUCAUCCUCACCGAGGGCGAGGAGGUUGUGCAGAAGUCACCAGAGACCGUGAACCGUGAGCAGGGCAAGCAUCUCAACUCGAGGCAGCGUGCGCAGCGUGUGCGCAAGGCGAUCACUCAGGGUUAG